CGCUCACCUCUAACAAGGAACAAGGAGACGCCCAGCAACCUUCUGAACCAUGUUGGCGAGCAGACUGGUGACUGGUGCUCGGGGGAGCCUCGCCGCGGCCUCCUCAUUGCUUCCUCGGGAUCCUGCCAUCACCUCCAGGAACAUAGCAUGGGGGAAGGCGUCGGCAGCCGGGACAGGAGGAGGAGGAGGAGGAGGAGGAGAAGCAGGGUGGCGGCGGGCGGAGGUGGGCACAGGCGGGAUGUCACGCGGCUGUCACACCACCGCCAGGUUUGCCACUCAAGCAAAUCCAGCGAAAGCGUGUGCAGAGCGACCCGUGGUGGAUGUCACUGAGGCAAAAAUUAACGACAGGACCACCACAGUGACCUUCAGCAACAACACGUCCUCUGCCUUCCCAUUCGUGUGGCUACGGGAGAACUGCCAAUGCUCCACGUGCUUCCAGAGUGACGCUAUUGCCAGGCUCUUUCUCGUAGAUGAUCUCGAUGUCCAUAUUCAACCCAAAAGCGUCCAGGUGACGGACGGCUGCCUCAGGGUGGAGUGGCUGGACGGGCAUGUUAGCGUCUUCACAGGGUGGCUGCGUCGCCGAGCCUUCACUCCCGAGGCCAGGAAAGCUCAGCGUACCUGGUGCAUGCUGGAGAAGGAGUUGUGGGGAAGCGAAUUAGAGGUCCCACGAAGCAAGUACAGCAUGGUGAUGCACGACGAUCAGGCGCUGCUGGACUGGCUGUUGGUGCUGGAGCGGUACGGCGUGACGGUGGUGGAAGAGGCGCCUAGAAGGGUCGGUGCCAUCAAUGACUUCAUCGAGCGUCUGGGCGUCCUCAAGCCUACGCACUAUGGGAGAGACUACGAGAUCGUGACGCACGUGACACCCAACAACCUGGCUUACACUGGCGCCAGGUUAGGAUUGCACACCGACCUGCCUUACUGCGAAUACCCGCCAGGGACCACGUGGCUGCACUGCAUCAGACAGCACAUGGGGGAGGGAGGCGAGAACGACUUGAGUGAUGGAUUCUACGCGGCUGAGAAACUGAGAGAGAAACACCCACAUCAUUUCGCAACGCUUGUCAACACACCCAUCUACUUCCAGGACCGAGGCUACGCUCUAUAUGACUUCGACAAGAUCACCCCGAGGACCACUAUUGGCCUCGACCACUUGGGGAAGACCUGCCGCAUCCACGUGUCCUCGCAGUCCAGAGAUUCGGUCAUGGACUUAGACGCUGGGGUGAUCAAGUUCUACGAGGCUCUCAAGGCUUACAAUGACACGCUGCGGGAGGCUGGCGUGCUGGUCAAGACUAAGCCAGGUGACAUUCUUGUCAUUGACAACACGCGAGUGCUGCACGGCCGGACGCCCUUUGACCCCAGCACCUCAGAAGGAUCGCGCCACAUCCAUAACGCCUACAUUGACCUGGACGACCUCCGCUCCAAACGACGAAUCCUUCAGGAGAAACUGGGCAUUCAGCUCCCAUAAGAGUGAGAAAAGAAGUUAGGGAUCGCUGGGACUGUGAGAGCGUUUUUGUGUUUUACUUUCGUUGUUGUUGUUAGGGGAGAAGAUUUAGUCACUGCGAUACACUCCAAUUCUAAUUAGUAGAAACAAUGUAUGGAAUCUUUAUAAGCAUCUACAAGGAAAUAUUCAUAGGUUUUGCUAAUUUCAGUCAGUAGAAUCUCUGAAGGUGGCUGUCGAACAAGAAAUGAUGUCAGAGAGUGGUCAGUGAUUAGGGAAAGAUGUGGCAGAUAACAGGGGAAGGGUUAAGACAGCUCUGGAAAAAUAUUUAAGAGGAAUUGCCAAGGCAUUUUCUAAUCUAUUUCAAGAGAGACGUUACUGUUUUAAGAAAGGAUUACCAUGACAUCUUUCUGAUUGUUACAAGAGAAGAGUUACUGUCUCAAGGAGUUAAUGCUAAGACACCUUUUUAAGUAUUUCAAUAGAAGUGUUUUUGUUUCAAGAGAGGAAUGUCAAGAUGCCUCUGUAACUACUUCAAGAGGAGAGGAACUUUUUCAAGAGACAAGUAUUAAGAUAUUUCCCGAAUCAAACUGGUCAACUCAUUCAAAGCUAUCCCAUUAAUAAUUUCUAUUUAAGGAGAUGAAGCUGCUUACCUGAGUUUUUAUUUACUUGUGCUUUUUGCCUUUUCUGUGCCUAGGUGAAUGUAAGAAAAAAUAAAAUCAUGGGGAUUA